AUGGGCACCGACGCCCCACACACCGGCCAGCUUGACCAGCAAGGCUGGGGUGAAACAUUCUUCGUGGGCGCGGAGGUCCUCCGCCGUUCCCUCAGCAGCUCUGCAUCUGCGCUUGAGAUGCCUGACGACCAACCUCCCCCCAGCAGGGGCUCCCGCGAUGCGUUCUAUAUCCUCCUACCGCUGCUCAUUGUGCUAUCCACGUUUCUCUUUCUUCUCCUCGUCUUCCUGGUAUGCGUCAUUCUCCUCCGUAGGCGCCGCGGCAUCAUGUUGCGAGACAGUGACGGUCCGAUAGACAUGAGCCGUGAGGACCUCGUCGAGGGGGAGGGUGGGUUUGAAGGCGUCGAGUCUCGCUGGCUUGAGACUGUUUCUGAAGUGGAACGCAGGUCCUACUCGCGCGCAAAGGAGUACCAGUUGCAGUAUCCUCCUAAUUCCAUGCCAACUGAUAUCACUCUGUCUCAAUUCCUCUCCAUCCAGGAGAAAGGUGUCUCUGCAUGGUCAUUUGAGCCAGAUUUCGAGGCUAUGAACUCUGUCCUAGUGCAUGCGCGUACAGAGAUUACAUUCCUUCCCGAUCCGUCAUCAGCGACUUCAGUACAGUCCAAUUUGCCUUUACCAAAGCUUAACGAAGUGUACUAUUGGGAGGUGAAGAUGUUCGAUCUGCCCGAGCUAACUAAUGUCGCCGUCGGUCUCGCUACCAAACCCUAUCCCUCAUUCCGACUACCUGGUCUUUGCCGAUACUCAGUGGCAUACCAUUCGAACGGUGACAAGUCACACAAUUUCCCAUUUACUGCGACAUCUUGCGGUUCACAGCUCAAGGAGGGUGAUGUCCUUGGGGUCGGUUAUCGACCUCGCACUGGGACAGUAUUCUUCACGAAGAAUGGGCGAAAAAUGGAGGAUGCUUUUAUCGGCUUGAACAGUUGGAACUUAUUCCCCACUGUUGGCGCCGAUGGUCCUUGUAGCGUUCACGUCAAUCUGGGCCAGUCAGGCUUCGUAUUCAUCGAGGCUAACGUGAAGAGGUGGGGUCUCGCCCCGAGCGUCGGAACUCUUGCACCCCCACCUCCCUAUGGUAGUGAGCGCGGUAGCCUUCUCCUUGCCGCGGGAGGAGACAUCAUCCCGAUACAGAGUGGUCUUACCUCUCCUCAAAGCCCUCCGCCAGGAUCAUCUCGUUCGAGACGUUCUCAUCGGUCACGGAGACCGAGAAGCACGCUAUCUACUGUCACUCCAUUGGCUACCACGCCUCAGCAAAGCAGUCCAUUGAUGUCGCAUUCUCCUCCUGAGACGCCUCCUCCACCGAUCACGCCCAUUGAAGAGGAAGGGGAGAGCAGCUGUCAGACAACAGCAUCGAGGAGGUACAUAUCACCCACUGAUAUGCCCUUUCAUACACCUCCUAAUGCUAACAUCCCUUCUUCGCCGACACAAAGCGCCGAGACUGCUGGGAUUUCUGCAGCUGACGGCGAAGGCGAGUGGUCCUCCGAUUCAGGCUCCUCGCGGACUUCUCGGUCGACUUCCCGCGAUGCCACGCGCGUAGGUGCGAACCAGUUCAACCUGCCUCGCCCCCAGCCUUUCACGAUGACUCAUCCGCGUACGGGUUCGCGCUCUUCGCACUUAGGUUCGGAACUUGCUAUUCAUGUUCAUCCGCCCCCAGAUUCCCCACUGAGUCCUGAGCCCCCCACUCCCGAUUUGCGCGACAUUCGCCUUCAGGCGUUAGCCUCCCCGAGCUCUUCUGCCGUUGCCGGAAGCACUCAGGAGGGGAGCUAUGGGCAAAUGCCAGUGGGUUCAGUAGGCGGGCUCUCGGUUGCGGAUCAUGAACCACCUGCGUACUCGCCGCUUGAUGCCUAUGCGUAUUCGGAAGGGGUACAAAUCGACUUGCCGGCAGAGAUGAUUGCAGCCGCAUUAGAGAGAGGGACGAUUCCAGCGAACAUGAUUGGUAGCAUGGCGCCGUCGCGUUCUGAUCGACAUCGGAAUCGGAGAGAACGGCGACGAGUAGACGGUUGA